UUGGGUUAUCCCACCUCUGUGCUAUGAUCCUAGCGCCCUCCCUGCCUCCAGUGGAAUAAACACUACAACGUCUGGCCCUCGGUGCUGGAAGGAAAUCGGCUUCUUGCCCGCAGCCUGGGCAGCGGCCCUGGGCGCACUCAAUGUCAACCGCGCCAAGCUGCGGUUCCGGCGCUUUGGGCGCCCCUGAGCUCAGAGUCCGGGAGUCAUGGCGGCCGGCGGUGCAGCCCCAGGUAAGUUAGCCAGGAACAGGUCUCCGGCCAGGCGGACACUCUCGGAAAAUGAAGACCAGAGCAAACAGGAACGGGGCCAAGAGGCGGAGGCAGCGGGAGGCGGCAGCAAGACCCAGGAUGCCAAGGACGCCGAGUUCCUGCAGCCCCGGGUCCUGCGCCAGGCCUGGGCGCCGCCUCCCCACGCCCCUCGGCGGCGAGCGCUUCCGAGGUCACGUGCCCGGGACGCGCGGGUCUUCAGGGGGGAAGCCAGGCGCACGUCCGGAGAGACACCCGUUUCACCCAGCAAGCGGGCCCGGCCCGCAGAGGAGGGUGGCAUGCAGCUCCGCUUUGCCAGGCUCUCCGAGCACGCCACGGCCCCCACGCGGGGCUCGGCGCGGGCCGCGGGCUACGACCUGUACAGUGCCUAUGAUUACACAAUACCACCUAUGGAGAAAGCUCUUGUGAAAACAGACAUACAGAUAGCGCUUCCUUCUGGGUGUUAUGGAAGAGUAGCUCCACGGUCUGGCUUGGCUGCAAAACACUUUAUUGAUGUAGGAGCUGGUGUCAUAGAUGAAGAUUAUAGAGGAAACGUUGGUGUUGUACUGUUUAAUUUUGGCAAAGAAAAGUUUGAAGUCAAAAAAGGCGAUCGAAUUGCACAGCUCAUUUGUGAACGGAUUUUUUACCCAGAAAUAGAAGAAGUUCAAGCUUUGGAUGACACCGAAAGGGGUUCAGGAGGUUUUGGUUCCACUGGGAAGAAUUAAAAUUGAAGCCAAGAACAGAAAACCAGAAGUCAUACCUUUUUCUUAAAAACAGAGAGUUUUUGCUUAAAGUGUUUUGGUGUUUUGUACUUCUGUAAACUUACUAGCUUUACCUUCUAAAAGUACUGCAUUCUUUAAUUUUUUUUUUAUGAUUAAAGAAACUUUGUUUUUGUAAAGAAACUUUGUUUUUCUGCAAUUGAUGGUUGUAUGUGAACUGCUUUAUAGUUACCUGAUGUAAACAGUGUCUUCUUAAAAUCAAAUGUACAUCGAUUACAGAAUUUAAAAAACUAUUAUUUAACUCAAAUGAUACCCAUUGAGCAACUUAUUUUGCUUUAAUUGCUUUAAAUCUUAAGCGAUACUUUUUAUUCAGUAAACCUAAAUUCUUUCACAGGUAUAAAAUCUUGCAGAAGCUGAACUAAAAGAACUAAAAGUGAAUAGGAGAGAUUGAAGUUAUUUCUUCUUCUGUUCUCUCCAGUAGUCUAAAAACUUUUUAAUCUUAAGAUUCUUUGUGAUGAGGAUGAGAAAAGAAUCCUCAGCUUAUUUCUCCAUUAUUAAUCUUUGUUUGGAUAAAUCCUCUAUUGACUGUGUAGAGGUGUGUUUGUGAAAGACUUGUAGCUUGGUGAUUUGUUACCUUUCCUUUGUUCCCCUGAAUUUCAUCUCAUUAGGCAAAUUGUACUGUUGUAGUUAAUGAGUUUCCCUCAGGGAAGUAGCAGUAGGCUGUAAUCAAGAAAAUAUGCCUUUUAUAGGGAUAAGACAAAUAAUGUAUACUUCGGCUACCAGAUUUUUCCAUCUCACACGCAUAACUUGAGUAAAUACAUACAAGAAGCAUGUCAUUGCAGAUAGGGGACUGAGUCUGUGGCCUAGCUUGAUUAACAUAUUUUGGCAGUUUCUGCUAGUGUGCUUUCUUUUCUUCACUGUAUUUUUCUGAUUCCUUUGUAUCAGGGUUUUGGGUGUCACUUAGGUUUUGUCCAUCAGAUUCUAUGAGACACCAGACAUCGUUCUGAGGAUGUGGGUCAUACUCAUGGAGUGCUUCCGGAGCAAUCAGCUCGCUCAGCCACCCAGGUUCUGGAAGCACAGGCUUGUGUUUCUUCUUUACUGGUGAUUCUCCAGUCCAUUUAAUACCCUGCAAUGUAAUUGUCCAUCUGUGGGUUACAAUUCAUUAAUGAGUCGUGAAAUCAACUCAGUGGGACAUUGCCAGCAUUUUUGCAUACUGCGUUGGGCUAAAAAUUAUUUCUGUUGUCAAUAAAAUUUAAAUGUUUUUCUCCU